AUGCUCAACUUCUUUUACCGUGAAGCAAGUAGAGCAUCGAGAGGCACUGCUAUUGUACUCAACACUUUCGAAGAAUUAGAAUGUUCAGUCCUCAAAGAAAUGCCUUCAAUCCUCCCUCUAAUCUACACAAUUGGUCCUCUCUUCUUGCUAACUAACCGAUUGCCAGCUAACAGUCUAAUCAUUUCUUUAAGCCUAAGUCUUUGGAAGCAUGACACAACUUGCAUUGGUUGGCUUGAUGAUAAAAGGAAUGGCGCAGUUGUAUAUGUCAAUUCCAGGGGCAUAACGAUCAUGCCUAAUGAAAAACAGGUAGACUUCUCACUUCGCAUGGGGAUUGGCGAAAAAUGGGUACGCAAUUUUUGGGUGAUCCAACCCGACUUGGUUAUGGGUGAGAAUGCAGUUAUGCCCGAAGAGUUCUUGGUGGAGACAAAAGGGAGAAGCUUAUUAGCAGAUUGGUGUGAUCAACUGGUGGUAUUGUCCUAUCCUGCUAUUGGAGGAUUCUUGAUGCACAGUGGAUAG